CUUCGCACUCGCAUUCCUUGGUGAGGUAUCUGCACAUUUCUAAGGUCAAUCAUGGAGCCUCCUCUUACUGCUCCACAUGGUAUUCAAAUGAGCGACAUAACCUGUGAUUCUUUUCGCGUGUCCUGGGAGAUGCCACCGUACGAUGCCAGGCGGGUUACCCACUACUUCAUAGAUCUGAAUAAGACGGGAGGGCAGAAGGAGAAUAAGUUCAAGCACCGGGAUGUGCCAACCAAACUGGUGGCCAAAGCUGUGGUGCUGCCCAUGACGGUACGAGGCCACUGGUUCCUGAGCCCACGCACAGAGUAUACAUUGGCUGUACAGACCGCAAUGAAACGUAGUGAUGGGGAAUACACUGUGUCUGGCUGGAGUGAGACCCUUCGCUUCUGUACAGGAGAUUAUGCCAUGGAGCAGGUCAAACAGUUGCAAGAGAAAGCUGAAGGGAUCGCCGGACGUAUGUUGUCGUUCCAAGUCUUCUACAGGAACCAGACGGCAGAAUAUUUCCAGCAUGUCAGGGACAAGUGGGGAGGCCUAAUGCUUCCAUCCAUAAAAGACCAGAGCGGGAGCCAUGGAUCACCAAUCAGUGGCACACUCCAUGGCGUCUUUUUCAGCUGCAACACAGAAUUCAACACGGGCUUGCCUCCGCAUGACUCACCCUAUGGGACAUGGAGGGUGACGAUUCCAGCCGGGUAUCUAUUCAAUGAAAACACACACCUGUACUUCGCCGACUUCUACUGCAUGUACAGCGCCUACCACUAUGUAGUCCUAGUGCUGGCUCCUCGAGGUUCUCAAGGUGAUGCCUUCUGCAGUGCCCGUUUGCCACUCCUGGACCCACAAAACAACCCAUUUCUGACCCGGGGAGAGCAGGGAAGUUACUGGCAUGCACAAGAUCUUAUAUUAGAGAUAAUCUACACUGAACCUGUGCCUAUGGGCAUGGGGCAACUAUCAGAGAUCAAAGGGCAUCAGUUGAUGAGUCUUUCCACAGCCAAUGCUAAGAAGGAUCCCAGCUGUAAGGUGUGCAAUAUCUUUGGUGGGCGCUAGGGGGGGCCACAUUUAAUUUGUCCUCAGUAUUCGUCGAGUUAAAGGGAUUUGUAUGUGUGGCUUAUGGUGUUGAAAGUGUAAUUAGCUCAUUUCCAAAACCAGUCCCCACAGAACAUCUCGUCUAUACCUACAUACUGACCUAAGUGCUGUGAGGAAUGGAAGAAAGGUCCUACAGUAGGUCUUAAAACUGGGGCACUGUGAGAAGCGUGGCGUCUUGUUUCUCCAACCAGAACCCAAUAUGGUGGAGACGCUCUAGAUGAUGAAGCUAGAUGUUUCUUCAGAAAAGGGAUGAUGGUUAUUGGAAAGGUAUCGAUAACAUAGGAGCUGCCAACCUUUUUAGGCAUGUCAUAUAGCAUGGUCACCUUGCCAUUCCAUUACUACCACCAAGUGGAACUGGAAUGACUUGGUGACCAGAAGAUAAGGUCAUCCUCUUCACUUUUUUUUUAUAGCGUCCUUCAGAAAUAUCCUAAUGAUAACAUAAGACAAUAUGAGAUCCAGUUUUGCAGAGAACAUUGGUUUUCGCCAUUUAUUUUUAUGGAUGACCCCAUUCUCUAUUGGUUUCCAAAAAUACCCCAGUCAUGGAAUGGGGGUGAUCAGAGGGCAUGGGCAGUGCUCUGUAUAUACUGGCAAUGUUUAUGGUCAAAUAUGCCUUUGGAAUAGGUUGAGA